CCGAGAAACGGCUGUAUGCUCCGCUCAGUCGGGAUGUUUGAGGCUUUGAAUCAAACACAUUAUGUUGAAACUUUGACAGAACAGUCCCGAGUGAAGUCGACGCACUUGAAGGAGAUGAGACUUUGGACGCCUCAUGGGAAGCUGCUGCAGGCUGCUUGGCUGUGGUGUGUGUUGGCGUCUCAGGUGCACAGCUGUCCUGGUGCCUGCAGCAAGUGUUCAGGCCCAGAGAAUGACCAGUGUGAGGGAUGCAGAGGUGGAUGGAUGCUGCAUAAUAACACCUGUGUAGACAUUGAUGAGUGUGGCACGGAGCUCGACAACUGUCCUCUCAACAGCUACUGCUUCAAUACAGAGGGCUCGUUGGACUGCAGAGACUGUGACCCAGCCUGUUUGGGCUGUAUGGGCAGUGGACCAGCCCGCUGCAGAAAGUGUGCCCCCGGCUACAGGCUGACAGGGUCCAAGUGUUUGGACAUAGAUGAAUGCAGCGACAGGGUGCUCGCCUGCCACGGCCUGGACGAGAUCUGUACCAACACCGUCGGCUCGUUCCGCUGUGACUGUGCCAAAGGAUUCCACCGCAAGGGAGGCGUCUGUGUGAGGAAGCAGCUGCCUAGCGUUCAGCAGAAAGGCCUGUUUGAGGACAUCCAGGAUGAUGAGGUGGAGGUGCUGCAGCAGAUGUUCUUCGGGGUGGUGCUCUGCGCACUGGCCACACUGGCGGCUAAGGGAGACAUGGUCUACACAUCCGUAUUCAUAGGGGCAAUGGCAGCCAUGGCGGGGUACUGGCUGUCAAACAGGGGGGACCGUAUGUUAGACAGUUUUAUGAAGGUGACUGCUGUUCCUGUUGUUCAUGCAUCAUUCUGCAUCUGUCAUCAUGGGAGAAUGAUCCAGACUGAUAAUUGUUUUUUUCAGUUCAAGUGCAGAAGUGCAGUAAGAACUCAAAUGUUUUACUUAAGUUGAUCAAAACGUACUCAAGUAAAACUAUAAGUAGUGCAUUCUUCUUUCUACUUGAGUAAAAGUAUUUAAAGAUUCA